ACAUGUGCAUCUUCCAACACAGGCCUUCACACCGUGUGUCCUCAGAGAUGUGUGAGCGGCGGAGGACUCAUGUGUUUCUAUCAGCGCCUUCUUCUCUCUCGACCCCUGACCCAGACUCAAGUGACGGCGGCUCCCGAGUUUCUGCAGACUGGACCCAAGUGGACCUGAGCUGGACCGGCGGACGGCUACAUCCAAAGGGCCAACCGCCUGCUGCUGAUGGAGGUCAGACUGAAGCGGAGCAUUGGGCUGACGGAGGUCAGACUGAAGUGGAGCGUUCUGCCUCUGUCCUGGAGUAUUUGAACAGCUGCUUCCCUUUGACCGAGGAGCCGGUCAGACCGUCCAGAGCCCUGUCCCUCCAGUCCCAGUACCUCAGCACGACCGCUCUGAGUCAGGCUCUAGUCCUGAAGUCAAACCCCCGAGUGUCCAGCCCUUCGCUCCAGAGCUCCGCCUCCACCUACAGCACCACCCCAGAGCUGUUCAGCCCCAACCAUAACACAACCCCCCCCACUCCCACACCCCCUGUAGACCGCUCCACAGCUCCUGUAGACCACUCCACGCCUCCUGUAGACCGCUCCACAGCUCCUGUAGACCACUCCACGCCUCCUGUAGACCGCUCCACGCCCUCUGUGGACUGCUCCUGGUCACCCAGUCCCAGGGGUGGGGGCUGUGUGCUCCAGGCCACGGCUCAGGGUCUUCUCUGUUCACAAGGACAAGAGGAGAGAUGCUCCAAAAGAGCAAAACUGUGUGAGGAGUUCACUGACCAAACAUCUGGAGAUGAUGUUAGCUCUGUUAGCUCUGUAGAAGCUAACGCCACCACAACAUUAGCUCGCUGUGUCAGAGCUGGGACGUUGUACUCUGUUUUAGUGGCAGUGGUUCAUCCUUGUCAUUUAAAAGAGAUUAAGCUUAAAUCAGGAGAAUGUGUACCUCUGGCGUCCAUUGUUGUGACUGACCAAUCAGGAGUGGAGCUGAAGGUGGCGCUGUGGAGACGAGCAGCGUUCUGGGUGCUCACGGUCAACCCGGGGGAUGUUCUCCUAAUUACAGAGCUGCAGGUAAAUGAAGACGCCUGGAGAGGAGAACGACUUCUACGUUCAACUUACAACAGCAAACUCCUGAACCUGGGCAGAGUCCCGCCCCCAGGAACGCUGACAGGUUCGCAGCAGGUCAGGGCUCGAUCUUUGACUCCUCUGUAUAAUUUCCUCACCAAACAGCGCCCCCUGCUGGUAUCACUGCCUGUACCUCCCGCGCAGACGCUCAGCUGCCUCCCUUACGCCACCAUCAGGUCACUGAGGGUUAAUACACUGGUGCACAUGCUGCUGAGGGUGACCCACACUCACCUGAGCAAAGAGUGGCAGAGUGAGGCAGACUCUCGUCGCAGAUCGGCUCUUCAGCCUUGGGCCGUCGUGACUGUGGAGCAGCCUGGAGACCAGCAGGGGGCGCUUGUCCUGUGGGGUGCUGCUGUAGAAUGGCUGCCACGUUUCACCAGAGACUCAGAAAUCGUUUGGGACUUCCGUAAUCUCUUGGUGAGGGACAGCGUGACCUUUGACCUUCCUGAACUGCACUCCACCUCAUGGAGCUCAGUGCGAGCCCUCGACCCAACUGACCCCCGAAUGAGCCGCUUUUUUCAGCCGCCCAGAGCGGGGGCCGGCAGCAGCAGUGUGGAGCUGGACAUGAAGACGCUGCUGUCGCAGAAAUACAGCGGUGAAGUGGAGCUGAGAGUUCAUGUGGAAGCGUUCCAUUUCCGUGGUGGUCCUCUGUCUCCGGGCCCUCCCCUGGUUCUGGACGGGUCAUUCUCCGCUACAGAUGUGCUGAAGUUACUCAGUGGUGAUGUCACGUUUACAGGGUGUGGGCGAUGUGCGUCUGAGCUCGACACUGACUCUAAUGGCAUCUACCGGCCCUGUUACCCCUGCCUUCCUCACACCAGUGUACGCACUUACUACAGGCCUGCAGCGCUGACCCUCACUGAUGGAGGACUUCAGAUGUGUGUUCAGGUGCCUCCAACUCUGAUGCAGAGGCUCCUUGAGGCCCCCCCAGAUAAACUCAGGAGCUCAGCGCCGGGGUCAGAGGUGAAGAACAUAGAGGUGGCAGCGCGGCGUCUUCACUCCGUCUUCUCUCUCCCAAAGACAGAGCUGACUGUGACAGUCCACACACAGUUUAUGUGUGAUGAGAACAGCGCCCUCCUCUGUCAGGACUUCACUCUGCUGGACUUUCACUUCCCAACGUGAUGUGGUAUUUUCAAAUAUUCAUAUUUUAUAAGCUAUUUUUUCAGAUGAGUUAAAGGUCCAUAUUCUCUGAUCUAAUGUUUCUUCAUCACAGACAGACCUGGAGUUGUGUUCACAUGUUUAACACACAAACCCUGCAGAUUUAGGCUGAGUUCUUCUCUCAAACUGAAAACACUCACACUCACCUUGUGAUGUCAUCACGUGGUAAUACAGGAAGUGCUCCACUGUGUUUUUAAACUCCACACACCUUCACUAGAAUCAUUUGGAUCAUUUCAGACCUUGAAUAGCCGAUCUCUACUGAACUGAAGGUAAAAGGAGCUGUUCACUUGAAAACUAUCACUUGAUGACAUCACAAGGUGGAACAGAGCAUUUUGAGGUUUGUAGAUGUAACAGACUAAUAAUAAAGUGCGACUCAAACAUGUGAAUGAAACAAAACACAACUCCAGGUCUGUUUUGAGGAGAACUUUAGAACAUGGGUGAGUUUGUGUGAUUCAGGAGCUUUAAUGUCAGAGCCGUUGAACUUCAGUCAAAACUCUUUGUGGUUAAACUAUAAUAUAAUAUAAUAAUAUUCAGACAAACGUCAUAAA